CGUCGUAAGACGAGGCUCUCGUGACGUAACCCGCUGUUUCGAUCGAACCGACGUAAAGGUUAGACUGUGCGCAGGCGCAUUGUAAACACAAAGUAUAAAAAUCUAUAUUAAAAUAUAUUUAUAGAGUUGCGAUAAAUGUGUACAAGUGUUUUUAAGUUUAUCAAGUGUUUCGUGUAAUAAAUGAUAUGUUUAUUCUGGAUGAACACAAUAUAUAACGUACCUAUACCACAUUUUGAGAUCGGAAUAAUCCCAAAAAGCGGAAUAUGUCGAGAAAAUUUUUAUUUUGUUUCCCACUUCGUAUGGGCAACAUCAUAUUCGGCUACAUCAUGAUUAUUUUUGGUUUAGUUUUACUAUUCUUUGAAAUAUACCAAAUAGCGUUGAUGUUUUUGGGACAUCAUCUUUUGGAUGAAAAAGUCAAUACCGAUUCUCACAAUAAUGGAACUAAUUUCGACAUGUAUAAUAUCAUUGUCUUAUCAUACCUAGCAGUCUACGCUGCCAUUGGAUUUCUGUUAUCACUAUUCGCGACUGUGUAUACUAUCGGCGCCUAUAAGUUAAGUUACAGAGCUAUCAAGAGUUUCUUCGUGUACAGCUUUAUCCAUAUCUCUUUCACAAUCGUGAUGCUCGCGUGGGAAGCGGUACAGCGAGAUUGGGUGAUGCUGGGUGUUCUUGCUGUAUCAGAUGUGAUCCUUAUAGCGUCCCUGUUUGGCGUUAAGUAUUUCAUAGACGCAGUGAAAAGCGGUAGAGUAUACCAUCGACCAGAAGCUUAUUCCCAGAAUGCAAGAAUGUGAAACUAAAUCGUCUAUAUAACAUUGGAAUUUAUUUUUAUUAAGAUCUCGAUUUGUACAAAUAAAUAAAAUAUAGCUAAAUACGAAUUGGGCGAACUUCGUUUACAAACUUUAAA